CAUGCACGCUGAUGCAAGUAUUAGGCAUGCACCUGGAAUCCACCUACAAGACAAUGCAGGCUGGGCCAGACUCAAUCUUCCGCUGGCGGCUGCUAUACUACCUCAUCAGCGUCUCUGAACGUGCAUGCUCCAUACAUCGCACACUACCCGUCACGCUCGACCACUCCAUUGUCUUUCCACUCAUGGACAAUAGCGACCCUGAGCAACGCGGUUUUGUCAUUCUCAGCGACCUGUUUACACCCUUUGACAGAGUCUUUUCGACAUAUCGCGAUUCAGGCUUUCUACCCUUUGCAGACCCAGAUGCCUAUGUCCUCAACUUGCAUCGUCUCGUUACGCAAGCGUGUCCUGAUUAUACAUACUUCAUCGACUUUCCAGGUCCAAAGCCAUUUCCAAAAGCAAUCAUUGCAGAUUUGCUCGUCAACAAGCAAUGGCUCCUCAUCAAAAUCUAUCAUCUCGCCAUCUCUCAAUCACUCCUCACCUAUCUGCCGCCCGAAGCAGACCUGGGCCUCCUCUACCCAAUUAAAGUGGCGCGCGAGUUGCUCGACAUUAUUGAACUCCUUGGUGGCGAUAGUUUCGAGAUUCAUGGUGGCAGUAUGUUGGAGAAGUUUUACGAUAUCGCUUCCAUGCUUGCGGAUCUCGUACAGAUUGUCCCGAUUCCACCAAACUCGCCAGGCGCUGAAAUGGCUCAACCGCUGGCUACACCUGGACUCGGUGGAGCUAGUCGACAGGAGAGUCUUGGUGAUCGUGGUCAGACGUCCGUCACGUCACAGCCACGCACGGCGCAAGGGUUUGGUCCAAAUGACCUCUUAUCUGCACUUGUGAAGCUCGUCUCACAACUACGCAAGGAGCAUAACCCGUACUUACCCAUGUUGAUGGCAAAAGUCCAUCAGUGCUUGCAAGUUGGAGCCACAAAGCCAGAGCAAGUUCACAGACAGCCGCUGUAUGAGGCCAUUGGCUUUGAAUUUGACGACUUGUUUCUGAGGUUUAAUUCGGGAGACAACACGGACGCGUUGAUGUAAUCAGUGUAGAUGCUAAAUGAAUGAUUUCGUGGUCAGUGAAUGACUGUGAAGGCGUGAUUCAACUUCAAAAUUUCAUAUGUCGACGAACACACCACGACAACUUGCUAUACUGAUGAACUCUUCUGAGAUCCGCUCAUUGCUUUUAUUGUAGGCUAUCGAUCCUAUAUUGCUCUCAAAGAAGAUGCUCAACG